ACAAACUCAAAUCAUUUCUUUCUUUUUCUAGUUAGUUCUUGCUUUGAAAGAAAAACUUAACUAGUUGCUACCAAAAUGGGUUCUCUAAAUACAACAAAGAAUAUGUCACAUGUUGUGUGUAUCCCAUAUCCAGCACAAGGUCACAUAAAUCCAAUGCUCAAACUAGCAAAACUUCUUCAUUUCAAAGGUGGUUUUCAUGUCACCUUUGUUAACACUGAAUACAAUCACAAACGUCUUCUCAAAUCUAGAGGUCCUAACUCUCUAAACGGUCUCUCCUCUUUUCGUUUUGAAACCAUUCCUGAUGGUCUACCUGAGUCCGAUGUGGAUGUCACACAGGAUAUCCCUUCCUUGUGUGAGUCUACUAGAAAAACUUGCUUACCUCACUUUAAAAAACUUCUUGCAAAACUCAACAAUGCUGUAGACACCCCUCCUGUCACUUGCAUAGUUUCUGAUGGUGUUAUGACUUUUACAUUGGAAGCUGCUCAAGAAAUUAAUGUCCCUGAAGUGCUUUAUUGGACAACUAGUGCAUGUGGCUUCAUGGCAUAUAUGCAAUAUCGUCAAGUCAUUGAAAAGGGCUUAGUACCACUCAAAGACUCUAGUUAUAUAACAAAUGGAUAUUUGGAGACUUCUAUAGAUUGGGUACCAGGCAUUAAAGAAAUACGUUUAAAGGAUUUUCCAAGCUUCGUUAGAACUACAGACCCAAAUGAUGUUAUGCUUGAUUUUAUAUUAGGAGAGUGCCAGAGAGCUGAAAAAGCUUCAGCAAUUAUUCUGAACACUUUUGAUGAUUUGGAGCAUAAUGUUUUGGAAGCGUUUUCAUCAAUUAAUUUGCCUCCUGUUUAUUCCAUUGGUCCCUUGCAUUUACUCUCGAAGGAAGUGACUGAUAAGGAGUUGAAUUCAUUUGGUUCUAAUCUAUGGAAGGAAGAGCCGGAGUGUUUAGAAUGGUUGAAUAGCAAAGAACCGAAUUCCGUAGUUUAUGUGAAUUUCGGAAGUAUUACAGUUAUGACAAACGAACAGAUGGUUGAGUUUGCUUGGGGACUUGCUAAUAGUAAAAUAUCAUUUUUAUGGGUAAUAAGGCCUGAUCUUGUUGCUGGCGAAAAUGCUGUUUUGCCUCAAGAGUUUCUGGAAGAGACGAAAGAUAGAGGAAUGUUAUCAAGUUGGUGUCCACAAGAGGAGGUUUUAGACCAUUCAGCAAUUGGAGGUUUUUUGACGCAUAGUGGUUGGAAUUCAACGUUGGAAAGUGUGUGCGGUGGUGUUCCAAUGAUAUGUUGGCCUUUCUUUGCUGAACAACAAACUAAUAGUAGAUUUAGUUGUCAUGAAUGGGGGAUUGGUUUGGAGAUUGAAGAUGCUAAGAGGGAUAAGAUUGAGAGUCUUGUGAAGGAGAUGAUGGAGGGGGGAAAAGGUAAGGAGAUGAAAGAGAAAGCUUUGGAAUGGAAGAAAUUAGCACAAAAUGCUGCUUUGGGUCCAAAUGGAUCAUCAUUUAUGAAUCUCAAGAACCUCUUUAGCAAUGUUCUUAAAUAUGAGAUAAGUUCAAAUUAGUAUAGUUUUUUUAUUACAGUUUGAAGUGGGUAUUUGGUUUAGUUCUUGAUAAAAUAGUUUUUUUAAAUAAAAGUCUGUGUACUAGUUUUUUUAGGUUUAAAGACAACAUAAUCUGAGAUAUUUGUAGUUUGUUAAUUGGAAAUGCAAAUGAUAUUCUGAUGCACCGUGUCCUUUUCCUCUUCUUGGUGUU